AUGGGGUGGACCCAUGAGUCCGGGCCCUCCUACGCGGUGGUGGCGCAAGUGGUGGUGGGUCAGGGAGAGAAUGGAGGCCGAAUGGGAGUCAUGGUACUUUCAGUGGCAAAGCCAUUGUCAAUACUGGCUCAUCCACAUAAGCUUUUGGCUGAAGUUCUCCAUAAGCAACAGCCAGACGUAUAUAAGGAUGACAAUCACAAGCCUGAGAUAGCUUUGGCACUCACUGAGUUUGAGGCUUUAUGCGGGUUUAUCAGAAGGGGCAAGGGACAGAAGAGCUGGAUAAAUAAUAGGCUUCAUGAACUCGAGGAUGAAAUCAAGAUUGCCAAGGUAUGCCUCUUUGUGCUGUCGAGUUGGAAUUCCAACAGCCAAGACCAGAGCAUGAAGCAACAAAUAUUAAUUCAUUCUGUCUUUCACUUAACCCUGAUCUCGCUUCAUUCUCGCGAUACCCUUCUCCUCUCCACCGCCUUCUCCUCCUCCUUUCCACCACUUUCUUCUUCUUCUCUCCACGAACCGCGGCGAGUCGGGUUCUCCGAGUUCUCCGGAGACUCCGAGUUCUCCGUCUCCGGUAGGUUUUAG